CCGACAGCAACGGAGAUAGAAUACACUUUCUCGUCCGGCAACCAAGACUGUCCGCCCUGAUCAUCAGCAAUGCAGUGCCACGUUUGCUUCAAUACGGCCGAGAAUUCUAAGACCGUGAGCUGAAGUGGAGGAUAUAAAGACGCUGACAGUAGCGAGCGUGGCCAAUUUCUUUUCUCUCAUCACAGCUAGUUACAUUCUAUUGUCUUUCAAUCUCGCAUACGACAUAUUCCGUUUGCUUCUGAGCCUCGAUCAUCAUCCUCAAAACAACUGUCUCAUUUUUCAAUCUCCGCUCGGCUCACUCGAACGCCUCAAGCACCUCCCCAUCAUGUCCACUCCAGUCUCCACCUCGAACUCCGUCUGGUUCAUAACUGGCAGCACCAGUGGCUUCGGCAAAGCCAUCGCCCUCGAAGCCCUCAGCCGCGGCCACAAAGUCAUCGCAACCGCCCGCAAUGCCGCGAAGCUUGCCGAUCUCGAAGCCGCAGGUGCAGACGUCAUGAGCCUCGACGUGACAGCCUCGCUCGAAGAACUGAAGAGCAAGGCGGCUGAGGCUCACGCCAAGUACGGUCGCGUCACCCAUCUGAUCAAUGCUGCGGGUUACAUCCUCGAGGGCGCGAUCGAGGAAACCACGCCUGAGGAAUCCCAGGAUACGUUUAACACGAAUGUGUUUGGCACUCUGAACGUCGUUCGCGCCUUUCUCCCGUACCUCCGCGCCCAGCACAGCAGCGUGAUCGCCAACUUUGGAAGCAUAGCCUCAUGGGGCGGCGGGCCGGCGUUCGGGCUAUACGCCGCGACGAAGUGGGCUGUUUCGGGAUUGACCGAGUCGCUCCGCGCAGAGGUGGAGGCAUUCGGCAUCAAAGUGACCGUGAUUGAGCCCGGGUACUUCAGGACUAAUUUCUUGAACCCGGGCGCGAGGGUGAAAUCAAGUGUGCAGCUGGCGGCGUAUGAAGAGAGCGCAGUGGGGCAGGUAAGAAAAAUGCUGGAUGCGGUGAACAAUAACCAGGCUGGCGACGUGAAGAAAGGAGCCAAGGUAAUUGUCGAUGUGUUGACGGAGACGGGUGUUGCGGAGGGGAAGGGGAUUCCGAUUAGGUUGGUGCUGGGUAGCGAUGGGGACCAGAUCAUUCGAGGAAAAUGCGAGAGCACGGAAGCCUUGUUGACUGAAUGGAAGGACAUAAUGUACAGCACCGAUUAUCCGAAGGGGGAGUGAGCUUGGGUACAUAUUUUUUUCGCUGAACUUUGAUACCAGAACUUUCAGCGUGGUAGCACAUUCAACACACAACAAAGAAAAGC